UACCGUAAAAUGAAUUGAAAUCCCGCAUGAUCCUCUAUUCAAAACUCGCGCCCUCCAGGCCAUCAAGCAAGAAGCGACAGUGUGACAGUGAUGAGUGGUGUAGUGUGGAUGUGUGCGUCCGUCAAUCUUUCGUACCUACGGCUUUCCGUGAGGCGGCUGGAGCAGGAAAUCGCCGAGCCGUGCUGCAGAGGUGAGGAAAGGAUGGCAGGUGGUGCCGCGGUGAACACUGCCAACACGUGCAGGAGGAAAGAAAGGAUGGCAGGUGGUGCCGCGGUGAACACUCCCAACACAAGCAGGAGGAAAGAAAGGAUGGCAGGUGGUGCCGCGGUGAACACUGCCAACACGUGCAGGAGGAAAGAAAGGAUGGCAGGUGGUGCCGCGGUGAACACUGCCAACACGUGCAGGAGGAAAGAAAGGAUGGCAGGUGGUGCCGCGGUGAACACUGCCAACACGUGCAGGAGGAAAGAAAGGAUGGCAGGUGGUGCCGCGGUGAACACUGCCAACACGUGCAGGAGGAAAGCCACGGGCCACUAACAAAAACAAAAAGAAAAUGUGGACCCUUUCAAUUUUGUUUUAAUACAACUAAUCAACACUGCAGUUCGGUGGCCAGUGGCCACAGGCACGGUGGUCCACAGCACUUGACGACUCGUGUAGCCGCGUGGAAGCUGACAGAAAUGAACAGGAUGGCUCGUCACCUUGACGCGUAUAGUACGAGUAUG